AUGGCAUCAGCAAGUCUACAGUUCUUUGCUUUUAUUCUGGCUUUGUUUGGUGUGUUUGGAGAUAUCACAGCCACUUUGCUACCAAACUGGAAGGUUAACGCAGAUGUUGGUUCAAAUAUAAUAACAGCUAUAACACAGAUGCAAGGACUCUGGAUGGACUGCACAUGGUACAGCACUGGGAUGUUUAGCUGUACCCUGAAAUACUCCGUUCUCUCUCUCCCCAUCUACAUCCAAACUGCACGGACCACGAUGGUACUGUCUUGUAUCCUAUCAGCCUUUGGGAUCUGCAUCACUACAGUUGGAAUGAAAUGCACCAAGCUAGGAGGGGACACUGACAGCAAAAGUCACGCUUGUUUUGCUGGAGGAGUCUGCUUCAUUCUCGCAGGAAUCUCUGGAUUAGUACCAACAUCCUGGUACACAAGAGAAAUUAUUUCAAAUUUUCUGGACCAGAACAUUCCAGAAAGCAGUAAACAUGAACCAGGAGGAGCGGUUUAUACCGGAUUCAUUUCAGCAGGGUUUCUGCUUAUCGCAGGUGCAAUCUUCUGUACUUCCUGUUUUAAAAAGCAGCAAGGAGCAUGGAUUUACCCUUCAAAGCAGCACUUCCCAUCCACUGAGCAGGAGAGCAAUGCAGGCUACAACCUGCAGGACUAUGUGUAA